ACUAUCGUUAUAGAUGGGAGAAAGCACCAAUCAGCUAACGAACCUUUGAGAAGGCGGGAUUUUGUUUACGCUGUGUUCCGUAACCGGUACAGGAAGGAGUCCAUUCUGGAAGCCAUUACGCUGCGCAGGUUUCUUUGCCGCGAGUUCUUCGUUUUUUACGUAUUUUACGUAUAUAAAUCUGUGUCUUAUACAUAUGGCAAAUCCAGCUAAAAAAAGAAAGAUGAAUUUUUCGGAGAGGGAGGUGGAGAUUAUUAUUGAAGAGUUAGAGAAGCAAAAACACGUUUUAAUUAACCACUUCAAUGCUGGGGUGCCCCUACUGACCAAAAACAAUGCUUGGCAAGAGGUACUGAAAAGGGUUAAUGCAAUAACUACCUGUCACCGUGAAAUGGCUGAGGUUAAGAAGAAGUGGUCAGACCUCAAGACUGAAGUGAGGAGGAAGGUGGCACAGGUACGGGCAGCAAUGGAGAGUGAGAGUGAUGUGACCACUGCACCAGUUGUUUUGACAGCCAUGCAACAACGUAUUUGUAACCUGCUAGGUGAAGCUACCAUUGUCAAUUUACCUUCUGGGGAAAGUACUGCUGAAAUUCCUGUGCAAGUGCCAGUCAGUUCUGCAACUUCUGUCACGGUAACCCAAAAGUCUCAGGAUACUGCUACCUUUAUUGAUGUUAAAGGCGAGGUCAUUACUGCAGCAACAGCUGUACAGAGCACUUCAUCAAACACUACACCAGAUGUGUCGAAAACAGUGGAAGUAAGCUCUGAGCCUGCCAUAGAGGCCCUGGAAGGUGUUGUGGAGUACUGUACAACAGAGGCUCCGACCGCAGUGACCGGUGAAGCACCAGUGGAAGCAGUUACUGGUCAGACUGAAUGUUCAAUAAAACCCCAGGAGCUUAAAAGUCGAAUUGCUCUUAAUUCAGCCAGACUUCUCCAGGAACAGAGAGUUACCAAUCUACAUGUGAAAGAGAUUGCUCAACAUUUGGAACACCAGAAUGACUUGCUCCAAAUGAUACGUAGGUCACAAGAGGCACAGGCUUGUGCACAAGAGCGCCAGGCUCAAGCACUAGAAGGGACUCAGGCUGCACUCUGUGCCCUUAUCCAGAUUUUGCGACCAGUAGUCAAGGACUUGCGUAAAUUUUUGCAAAGUAGUACCAAUACCCAGAACCCUACUAACUCUGGUGAAAAUGAGCAGGUGGCAACACAGCCUGAGGAGAAAGAUAAUGCAUAGCAAGUGGACUUUGUUGGACCUGCAGCUGUUUGUGUUUUUUAAAACAGACAAAUUCCUGGUCGCACUGUGUUGAUGCUGUAUGUAGUAAUGCAGACUACAAAAUAAGAAAAAACAUUUUAUUCUAUUUUGUAUGUUGUUUUCUUGUUGUUUAAUGAGUUUACAUUCGGUGUUAUUUGCCUAGAAAUAGUGGAUGUUUUUAUAAUUGUUCUGUGAAUGGCAAGAGAACUGCAGAAAUGGCGGUGAGUGAUAUAGUCAGAAAAAUGCUCUGUUACAAUACAUGUAAUGCAUCUUUGUGUUAGACUUUGCACAGCAAAGCAGAGUUACAUUAUGCUUGGGAAAGGUCAUCCUAGGGUUCUGUUAGUAUCGUUAUUAGUUAAACUCAUGUAUGUUAAAACCCAGCUUAUAACUGGUAAUCCAUUUUUUGAGAGUGGUACUGCAAAUGGAGAUUUCUAAGCUGUUCUUAAAUGCUCAUCAAGAAUGAAAACAUAAAGCAGAACAAACUGGUAGAUAGCAAAAAAAAAAACUGUCACUCAAUGCUUUCUCUUCUUUUGUUUAAGGACUACAGUUCCCAUAUAAUGGAACUCCUUUUUGGUAACACUGUUAUUUUGUUAAAAUGAUUGGAAAAUAUGACCAGUGGUGCUCUUCCAUUCUGUGUGUAGCAAACCAGCUGACACUACUUGUUCUGUCCAUGUGGAAAAGGGAUAUAUGUGGCGGCCACAUUUGAAAAGUGUGAGUAUGUAGACUAGAAUUCAUAUACCCUUUGACAAGGAGAUCUAAAGCAACUAUGCCGGGCUGAGAAACCAACACUAGUUGUCAGUCUGUGAUGGUGAAUGCUGGCACAUUGAAAUGGCGAUGUCUUGUGUUUACAUUUUCAUGUAGUACAUCGGUGAUGACGUGUGUUUACAUUUCCAUGUAGUGCAUUCACUGAUGACCUGUGUUUACAUUUAUGUGUAGUGCAUUUGCUGAUGACUUGUCUUUACAUUUCCAUGUAGUGUAUUGCUGAUGACGUGUGUUUACAUUUCCUUGUAGUGCAUUCGCUGACUUUUGUUUACAUUUCCAUGUAGUACAUUCACUGAUGACCUGUGUUUACAUUUCUGUGUAGUGCAUUUGCUGAUGACUUGUGUUUACAUUUCCAUGUAGAGUAUUGCUGAUGACUUGUGUUAACAUUUCCUUGUAGUGCAUUCGCUGAUGACUUGUGUUUACAUUUCUAUGUAGUGCAUUCGCUAAUGACUUGUGUUUACAUUUCUAUGAAGUGCAUUUGCUGAGGACUUGUGUUUACAUUCCCAUGCAGUGCAUUGUAACAGUUUGACAGAUGGCAGGCACGAUAUCUACACGAUAUCUAGUUUUGCUUCAUGGUAAAUAGUACUGAUUACUGCUCGAUUAGCACACUUAGGAGCGAACAUCAAUUACUGUGUUUGGCAUAUUGACCACAUAGAUCACAUAGUCAUUGCCCACCCCCCAAUGACAAUCUCAUAUAUGUGGUUUUGACAUCAUUGAGCUUGGAUUAAACAUAAAAGAGGAAACAAACUGACCAGUAACUCUGUGACAAAAAUUAAUGAUAGCUAUGUACAUGCAGCGUGUUAGCUUCAUUACCUCCACAGACUGCAAAAUGUAUGCUUCACAGUUUGCUCCAAGUGUAUUUUGCAUCACCUUAUAGCUGGACAGUGAGACAUGCUUGUUAAGAAAUAUUCUGGUUUAUAGUGUGAAGUAGAUAAGUCUGUCAAUGUUCUCUGGACAUGUGGUAAAAAGUUAAAAAGAGUCUGAUUCUUCAUCUCAUUGUCUAGUGAAGAUAUACAGAUGGCAAUACAUUUAAUUACAAAAAAUAUGUCUUUCCCCUUUCACUAGAAGCCACAUUAUCAUCAGUAGGAGCAGCUGCAAAAGCAUUGGGCUUGUCUACUCUAUGCUCAUUGUCUGCUGUAUGUUCAUAAUAAAGAAGUAAUCAUGGUAGAGGGUCAGUGGUUUGGAAGAUGGAUGAAGGCAAGGAUAAUAAGCAACUGAUCAGAUUAAUCUGGCACAUGUCACAGGUGAUGUCCAAAGCAGAAAUACAGUUAAUAUAAAAAGAUGUAUAUAUUGUACUGAAUAAACUGUUAUUUUUUUAGUUUGAGAAGAAUUCCCAGUACAUCGGAGUUGUCCAAAUAUUUCUGCCAUCUCUGCUGCUUUUAGGCUACCUUUAUUGAGUUUCCAAAGUGUUAUAUAGUAGUUUUUUUAUAUGCGUGCAAACUUUGUCCCAUUUUAAUUGACUAUAUAUGGGCAUUGCUUUCAAAAACUUUGUAGAGAACUCGAAGUGUAAAUGUUUCGAUGGCAGUGACAACCCUUCCUUUAGUCAGCAAUAUCACACACCUGUAAAUCCCUACAUUUCACUAGCUCUUCCGUUUGCUUCUUCAAUUCAUUCAGCAAUUUUGAGGCCUUCGUGUAUAAUAACCUGGAGAUCUUUGCUAGUAUUUUUUUAAUUUGAUAGAUAAGCAGGAGACUUUCUGCAGAGUAGUAGAAGUCUCGUUUAAGCAUAGUCGCAGUGAAGCACCCCCUUAUAUGUUUCAGUUUGUAUUCGUGCAGAGUUUCCUGAUACCGCUCCUGUGUAUUCGCUAUCCAUACAUUACUUUUUAGUUGUAGUGGCUCCUGUAGUGGAGUAAUGUGUAAGCCCACUAUCGUUUCAGUGAAGAAGAAAAAUUUGUUAUUACUUAUGCUGCCACUCUUCUGUCUCAUAACAUUUUGUAACAUGUGUUUUACAAAAAUUAAAAAUUGUCUGCCUUUUUGUUUUUUACGA